UGACCUUUCUGCAUUGGCAGAUGGAAUGGCUCAAGUAUCUUAAGCCCAAGAAUAAGCGUUUGACCAAAUUGGUCCAAAGGCGGAUACGUAAGAUAAGGGAGAGAAUAACAGCAGCUCCAAGGAUGGAAGCUCCAAUAGAAGAGAGGAGAAAAAGAAUAAUUUUGAAAGAAAUGUUUUGUCAAAGGGAGCUUCAUGAAUGCCUGAGAACAGGAGCUUCACCUAGAGGUAGAUUCAAAUUCCCUACGGACGUGUUAUUUUAUGGUCAUAUCUCUGAUGACGAUGACGAUGAUGAUGAAGAGGAAUCAGAAGUAGAAUCUGAUGAAUGUCAUGGUAAACUUGAAGGUGGAGCGUGAGGAUGCUAGUGAAAGAUGAAGGGUGGCAUAGUAAGAGAGGAUUUAUUAGUGUUGUACAUAUUAUUUCUAGUUCAUGGAAUGUAGAGAACAUCUAAGACCAAAACGGUUGAAUGUGAUAUAGUCGAUUAAACAUCUAGAGUUACUGACUUAGGUUUUCUUGUCUUAGACAUGGGUUGGUCUCCUUGUACUUUGGGCAAAUAUUGACCUCACCAUAAGGGUUGAUUUCCCUAUCACAAUAACGUUGAUUUGGAGAUGAUUUAAUAGAGGAUGGAUCGCUGAAGACAAAGAGCAACUUCAAAGCCAGGGGAAAAUGAUCUUUGCACAU